UGUAGUGCAUUUACAUAUUGAACGCUGCUAGCAAGGGCAACAGGAACUUAAUGUCGACUGCGGUUAAUCACACUUUAAUAAUGUCCGGACCAAUCUACCAGACGGCAUGUGUUCAUAGUUCACCGCGUUGAUUCUAGCUGUUUGUAUAGAUGUUUCCUGGAUAACUUGGGUCCAUAUAAUUUUUUCAUACACUGUGCUGUCUUUUUUCCUGCUCUGGGCUAUAUUUUCCUGCCCAGCCUCCAUUGCGUACAAUACAAUUUUGGAGCCAUAAACAUUUGAUCCAAUCGAUGUCAACAGGCCGCUCUAUAGUCUGUUAUGAACCUGUGACUGAAUCGUUGUACGAAUGAGGAGAGAACGACCACAUACUUGGCUUACCCAGUUCACCCGCCUCAAUUUCAGAAAACCAGUUUGUCUUGAUUGAUCAGUGGACGACCUGAUAUUAUUCCGUUACCAAGUUGUGACAGACCAAUUAUUUUCUCACAGAUGGUAACCACUUUCAUAAGAACCCUUUCGACCACUGAUAUCAUCAAUUUUUCAAGGAAACACGGAUAUUCCUGCAUCAUUUUAACUGGGAUUCUCCAGCAAAAAUGGCCAGUACGGAGUGGGGUGAGAGAUCCACUGCAGAGCUCAUGAGCAAGUAUGUGGCCAAGGACACUGGAAUCGGUGUACCCAAUGAGGGCUGGAGGAUCUGUCUGGCGCAUGAGUUCAAGGAGAAGAGGAAGCCUUUCCAAGCCAAAGACGUCUCCCUGUCCAACGUUCUGGAGCACAUCGGCCUUGGACUUCGGUAUCUAAAAUGGUGGUACAGAAAGACCCAGAUAGAAAAGAAAGCGCCGUUCAUUGACAUGUUCGGCCCCCUACCCUUGCGGCAGAUAUAUGGCGCUCCCCUUGGAGGCAUUGGGGGAGGCACCAUCACCAGAGGUUGGAGGGGGGAGUUCUGUCGUUGGCAACUCAACCCCGGGAUGUAUCAUUACACUACUGUGAUUGCCAACCAGUUCACGGUGUGCCUGCGGCGGGGGUGCCAGACGGUGUACCAGCAGGUGCUCUCGGUGGAGCGCCCCCCCACCCUCCAGGGCUGGAACUGGGGCUACUGCGGCGAGUACGCGUUCUACCACGCCCUGUACCCCCGCGCCUGGACCGUGUACCACCUGCCCGGCCAGAACGUCACGCUCACCUGCCGACAGGUGUCGCCCAUCCUGCCCCACGACUACCAGGACUCCAGUCUCCCCGUGGCGGUGUUCGCCUGGGACGUGGAGAACCACAACGACUACGACCUGGACGUAGCCAUCAUGCUGACCAUGGUCAACGGCUCGGGCCACAAGGACGACAAGCGCGGGGGCCACUGGAACGAGCCCUUCCACCUGGAGAAGGACGGGCAGGCCGUGUCGGGCGUGCUGCUGCACCACUGCACCCCUGUCAACCCCUACACACUCUGCAUCGCGGCGCGCCACAUGCCUGACAGGCAGGUCAGCCACCAAACGGCCUUCAGCCCCAAGGGCACCUGCAGCGGCCUGUGGAGUGACCUCAUCACAGACGGACGGCUGGACUCUCCUACCGGCCCCAGCCCCCCCGUCCAGAAGGGGGAGGAGGUGGCAGCGGCCCUGGCGGUGAGCUGCUCCGUGGGGGCGCGGGGGCGCGGGGGUCUGGAGAUGAGCCUGUCCUGGGACAUGCCCACCAUCACCUUCGGCUCCGGGGAGAGACGGCACGACAGGAGAUACACGCGUUUCUUCGGGACAAAGGGGAACGCGGCGCCCUCGCUGGCCCAUCACGCACUCCUCCACUACCCCCGCUGGGAGGAGACCAUAGAGGAGUGGCAGAGGCCCAUACUGCAGGACAGCGCACUGCCCUCCUGGUACAAGUCGGCGCUGUUCAACGAGCUGUACUUCGUGGCGGACGGCGGCACGGUGUGGACGGAGCUGCCCGAGGACAGCGACGUCAGCGGGGGGCUGCGCAGCGAGGACGGGGGGCUGCCCGCCCAGCCCACGGCUAUCAAGGAGUACGGACGCUUCGCCUACCUGGAAGGCCAGGAGUACAGGAUGUACAACACGUACGAUGUGCACUUCUACGCCUCCUUUGCACUCGUCAUGCUGUGGCCAAAGCUCGCCCUGAGCCUGCAGUAUGACAUCGCUGGCAGUGUGAUCCAGCAGGACCCGACUGAAAGGCUUCACCUCAUGAGUGGACAGUGUUCUGCGGUGAAGGCCAAAAACGUGGUGCCCCACGAUAUCGGAGACCCAGACGACGAGCCCUGGCAGAGGGUCAACGCCUACCUCAUCCACGACACGGCCAACUGGAAGGACCUCAACCUCAAGUUCGUCCUGCAGGUCUACCGGGACUUCCAUGUCACCCAGGACCAGGAGUAUCUACGGGACAUGUGGCCCAUCUGCAAGGCAGUGAUGGAGUCGGAGCUGCGCUUCGACCUGGACGGAGACGGCCUGAUCGAGAACUCGGGCUACGCCGACCAGACAUACGACGCAUGGACCGUGACGGGACCCAGCGCGUACUGCGGCGGGCUGUGGCUGGCCUCGACGUGCGUCAUGAGUAAGAUGGCCCGGCUGCUGGAGGAUGAGCCGGCCUACCUCCUCUACAAGGACAUCCUGCAGCGAGGCAGCGCUGCCUUCGACAAGCUGCUCUGGAACGGCAAGUACUACAACUACGACAGCAGUGGGAGGAGUUUGUCCAACAGCGUCAUGUCGGACCAGUGCGCAGGCCAGUGGUUCCUGCGGGCUUCUGGACUGGGAGACGGAGAGUUUCAGGCCUUCCCUAAAGACAAGGUCCUCAGCUCGCUCAAGUCGGUGUUCGACCUGAACGUGAUGAGCUUCGCCGGCGGGCAGAUGGGCGCGGUCAACGGCAUGCGUCCCGAGGGCGUGCCCGACCGCUCCAGUGUCCAAUCAGACGAAGUGUGGAUCGGAGUGGUGUACGGGCUGGCCGCCACCAUGAUCCAUGAGGGCAUGCUGCAGGAGGGCCUGCGCACGGCAGAGGGCUGCUACCGCACGGUGUGGGAGCGGCUGGGCAUGGCCUUCCAGACGCCCGAGGCCUACUGCGAGAAGGGCAUCUACCGCUCCCUGGCCUACAUGAGGCCGCUCAGCAUCUGGGCCAUGCAGUGGGCCCUGGACGGGGCCCGGAGCCGCCGUCUCCGUGACGACGCGCCGGGUCAGACGGGAGACUCGACUGCUCCACGGGAGGAAAGCUGAGGGGAGGGGAGGGGGGGGGGUAGGAGACGGAUGCUGACGGGAAAAUCAAAGGAGCGUUCCCAAUCCGGUGGGCGGUACGAGGCGGAGCGACGGCCUUGAAUGUUUACACUCGACGGGUGUGUUUUUGAAACCACGUAAGCGGCCCGACGUGGACGGUUUCCAUGACAAUGAUUUAGUGACCUCACAAAUUGUGUGGGCGAGAUGCAAAUCGGUUUGACCCCCCCCCACCGCACUUAGAAACAUGCAAUCAUCACGGGCCGGUGGGGUCGCUGGGUGACCAUAACGAGGUUGAUAUGCAACUAUAUAAGUGCAGUUUCAGCCCUCUUUUUUUUUCUUUUUUUUUUUACUUGACAAUCCUCAAUAGUUCCAGAGUGUGGAAAGGCUUGUUCUUCCGACUGAUAAGCUAGAAAGGACGCCAGUCCCGACGCUAAAACAUGAAUGUUCUACUGAUUUGUGUGAUAACCUGUGAUAACUACUAUUGGAAAUAUCUAGCUAGCGAAUGAUUUUUUCCUUUUCCUUCCCUCUUUUUAUAUUUUAGCAUUUGGUGCCUUGGCGCAUGUUGCCAUGCAUGCAUGUUGAUUGAUAGAGGAGAUACUUUUAUUGUGUUUUAUACAAUCAAAAUACUAGUCUAUGACAAUGAUGCUCAAUAAAAUCACUUAAAUAUUG